AUGGAGCCAGCGGAGAGAGCUCUGGACUGCGGGAAAGCAUCUGGAGCCUUCCCCGCCUCCGACGGGCACUGGAGGCGCGCAGGCACCAAGCCCCUGCUCUGCCUCACUUACCUCCCUGCUCUCCCCUCCCCGGCUUCUCUACCUGGCGCCCUCCACUGCUUGGCGCCCUGGCUCACCGCGCCACUACGCCCAAUGGGAAAGACGUCCCUGGUUACCUGGAACAAGCAGACAGACUCCACAAGGAAGAACAGCAUGCCCAUGCCUCAGGAACAUCAAGUGCUUCCCAGCAGACCCCUGGACUGGAGCUGUUCCUUACCUCAUGGAGUGAAAAGCUAGCCCAAACAGUUGGACACACUUCAGGUCAGCCACAGCAGAGCUGAGUCUUCUUCUCCCCACCCAUAUUGGACUGGGAGUAGAGACAAGGUCUGAAGGACACCAAGUCAGGAAAGCAUCUUUGCCACCACAGGGUCAGCUCUGUCCCACCAAUACUGCCUCACCAAUGCGCCUUGCCUUUUGCAGCCACAACGGAGUCAGAGACCCUGUGUAGACAAGCUCUCUCCCCUUAGGCAGUGAGUCAUAUCAGUUCCUUGCAGUGCCAACUUGAAAAACAUAUGGUCAGGGCCCAGAUAAGCCCUGCCCCACAUAACUGAUCACGUGACACAGUGCACACACACCCCAUUUGAAUGGGAAUGCCCAUCAACUUUGUGGGGGCCCAGCCCCCUCAAAUACUUUAUUGUGGGGGGCCAAAUCCCUCACGGCCUCUAGGAGUUGGCUCCUAUGGUUCCUUGCUUGGGGGGGACAUCUCUUCUUCUGAACUUUAUAUGCCUAGGAGAGGGAGUCCAUAUAAAGUUCCUGCCAUGGACCAGAAAUGGAAUAGACCAGGAAAGUCAUUGUAAAGGAAGCAGCUACUGGUGGGCUACCCCAAUGACAUCCUGAGAGGAAAAGAUAUAAGAAAUGUAAUAUGAGUAAGUCACCAUCAUACAAUCUGCAGUGGCAGAUUCAUGGGACACAAAAGCACUGGUCUCACCCUCUUUCUGGAUUACAUCAUAAUGAGGAAUUAUCUGGCUCUAGAGCCUUUUUCAAAGAAGGAAAAUGAAGUGACCUCAUAGUCACCAUCACCUUCUGUCUCUUGGCAACGGGGGGAGAAGGGGAGCACACUCCUUUCUCACAGGUCUGGCACUGACUCAGGAUCUGACUAGACCUCUUUCCCUGAGCAGGGAGAGCUAUCAGAAGAGGAAAGUAGAAAGGUCACAGGUCAAGAAAGAUUUUUCUCUCCCAAUUUAUUUCUUCUUCAAGUUUCUCGGGGUUCCAGAACUGCAGGAACAAUAUGAUGAUGCUGGCAGAUGGAAGGCAUCUAAAGAGGCCAACCAGGGCCGUCUUACCCAUAGGUGCUAGGGGUGCAGGGCACCCGGGUCCUGGGCUCUCAGGGGCGCCGGGCUGAGAGUCUGGGGCCGAGAUUUGGAGUUCAGGGAUUGGGAAGAGCCGACAGCCGCUGCCAAGUGGAACAGAGCCUCGCGGAGCACCACAACUCUUCUGCUCCACCCUCCUGUUGGAACGAAUUCAUGACAGACGAGUGGCAGGUGUCAUAUGAGAGGCAUCUGCCGGGGCGAGCCCCGGGAACUCUCUUUUAUUGAAUAUUACAAACAUUGCCACAGGUGUGCUUGUGGCUGAUUGGUUGAUACAAACACAAAGCAACUUGUUGCUGAUUGGUUAACAUAGGUACAAGGCGGGAAUUACAUAUAACCAUUUAUCACUGAUAGAUUAAAGGCUGGGAAACGGAGCUGGAACUAGACAGGCAUGAAACCUCCUAAUUAAAUUAUAACUAAAGAUUAAUAUAACAUGACUUGAAAGAACAUAACAUGAAAGAAUACAACAAUCACGUUCCGUAGAUGUGGUCAGCAAUGCAUUAAGAACAGGUCAGGGUACACUGUUUCAUGAACUCAAUGGGAAAAACUUCCCAGCACCCUCCUACAUGCCUGGGAUUUGCAGGCCAUCAAGAGGCCCACCCAGCAUACGCUGCUCACACGAGCCUCAAACUUGACUGUUGUUGCGCUGGGCUCUGCUUGCCCCCCCCCAAGCACCCGGCCCCAGCCUUGCUCUGCUGCCACCUCAGGCUCCUCCUUUGCUGCUGAGGCAGCCAGCCAGGCCAGCUCUGCCGUGCAUGCCUCGCCAGCCCGCCCUAAAAAAGGUCAACAACUUUAUGGGGUCACCAGGCAGAUCUUUGCACCCCGGCACCGCAUAUGCUUAAAACGGCCCUGAGGCCAAUGCUGCUUUUCCCUAGGGGAAUUUGACAUUUUCUCUCAUCCCCCCCCCCCCCGCAGUACUUGACAGAGUAAUCCAAAAGGAACAGGGCACACCUGUCAGAAGUUGGGCACCUUAUUGUAUCACCUCCGCAUUUUACACUGUGAACCAAGAAUUGGGGGGGGGGGAGAGUCAGCUGGCAGUUUGCAUCAGUGGGAUGCUCCGUUUGGUAGAUGAAUUAAUCAGCUACAAAGUUAGGGGUUUGUAGUCUAGGGUUAGGGAACCAGGGUUAGGGAAAUAGUCUAGAAAAUGUGUAGGUAUUAUUUGUUCUAGUGGGUAAUGAAUCAAACGGCAAAGCCCCCCCCCCCCCUGCUUAAAAAUGGUUUAACUUGUUGCCUUGCGAAAAAGUAAAAAUACAGAUUGGGGUUUUUGGGGGGAGGGGGAGUGAAGGUCUGAGCCAUUGUUACUCACCUCACAACUAGGUGCUCUGCCACUCAACCCAAUACAAGGAGCCAGUAAAUGUCCAAAAGUUCAACAUGAUUUGUAGUGGAGGCAACCAAGGAUGGAGAGGAGAUAUCUGCUUGGUGGCAGUGGCAAGAAUUGUUGUUUAGUUGUUGUUGUUGCCUUCCUUUCCCCUCAUGGUUCAAGCUGCAGCCCAUGCUGUCACACCAUGCCAUCCCUUUAUCCAGUGUGGUGUAGUGGUUAGGAGCAGUGGACUCGUAAUCUGGGGAACCGGGUUCGCAUCUCCGCUCCUCCACAUGCAGCUGCUGGGUGACCUUGGGCCAGUCACACUUCUCUGAAGUCUCUCAGCCCCACUCACCUCACAGAGUGUUUGUUGUGGGGGAGGAAGGGAGAGGAGAAUGUUAGCCGCUUUGAGACUCAGGGUAGUGAUAAAGCAGGAUAUCAAAUCCAAACUCUUCUUUCUGUUGAAAUAUACUGAAUAAGUAUGGCUGGCCAUUUGAAAUGAUAGCAGAGGAGCUUCCCAACAGGUGAGGCAUUGUAGCAAACCAGACGUCAUACUAUUUUCACACAAGGGGCAUGUUAUCUAUCCAUUGUUUUCCUGCAUGCAUUGCAGGGGGGAAAAUGUGUUCAUGAUUGAGCUGCAAACCAGCUCUGAGUUGGUUUUGUCUUUGCCUUUGUAACACAACCACCUGCAGACAUACCACAGGAUCAUACGCCCACUAGGAGUUGAAUUAGUUUCUCCAUGAGAGUUGUCACAGCUGGAACCAAACUGAAGAGAAAGAAAGCCUCUGCCUGACGCAGAAAGAAAAACUUCCUAAAUAAAUAACAGUAGGAUUUAGGUGCUACCUCAAGGGACAGAUGCGAAGGAACAAAUAAGUCAACAUUCUGUUUUAGAUGCUUCAUAAUAGGUCACUUCCCUGCUGCUCAGCUUAUUGUAAACACUUCACAUAUCAGAUGAUGUAUUCCCUCCGUGAUUCUCUUGGAGCUGGUUUGAUCCUCUUUGAGUCACUAAGCAAUAGCACAUCUGUAGCAGGCAAAGGCCUCCCCAAAGCAAUUGCUCUUACUGCAGCAUGAAGCUGAUAUGACUUUGCUAAACUCAAAAAGCCUUUUUUGAGAUUAGAAUUAAGGUGGGUGCUGUCUACACACACAUAACCGAAUAAGACUUGCUGUGGUAGGAAAGCUUCAAACAAGCUGAAACAAGUUUUGAUUUUUUGGACAGACUGGUUUGAUGAGCUCAAGCCACUUGUAUUAUUUCAUAUUUUAGCAGCAUCAAGGAGGCUCUCCCAUCUUUGAUAGUUUUAUGGGGUUCAUUUUAAUUAAUUUAUGUUUUCUUCUUCUUCUUCUUGCUUCAUUCUCAAAUGACUUCGCUUGCCUUCCUCUUAUGGUCAAUAUAUGCAUCCCCACUGCUGAUCAAUGAGGAGGCAAUAUGUGUAUAUGUAUGUAAUGACUAGAUUAGACUGAUGAUAUGGUUUUAUUUGUAGAUGUGUAUUUUUUUGUUUUUUGUUCUUUUUUCUUUUAUGUUAUUUUUCCUUUUCCUUUUCUUGUUUGUACUGUUUUAUUUGGGAUUCAAUGUUUGUAAUUUUUGUGGUAAUUUUGCAUUGAAAAUAAAAAAUAAAAUGAAAACAAAAACAAAAACAAACAAAAAACACACACAGUUAAAACAGAUUACAAUCUCAGGAUUGAAACUUGUUCAUGUCUUAUCCACAUAUAGGGCAACUGGGGUGGGUGGCUUUGAUGCCAUGUUUUUAGAUCCACGCCUGGUGCCAGCUCUACUUCGUGUGUGGAUUCCACUAUGCAUUGUCCACACUUGCCUAUAAGGAAACUUCAGUCUGUGAUGUCCAGCUCCUGUGCUGGAUAGUCAAAGGAUGGGGGACACCUAAAGUGAUUGGUGUCCCAAUCAUGUGGGAUCGACACAUGAGCAGAAGCUCACACCACAUCCCCCCCUCCCCUUACAUACAGCUGCACACAAUCUGCAUUUGUUCAAGAAUUUAAGACAGUGAGUGCAUUUAGACUUGGAAGAGGAGGAAGGAGGAACAAGGUGAGAGACUGCUUGAUUACCCUUCGAACAAAAGAGGAGAGAGACAAAAUCUUGAAUCUGCAUUACCAAAAGACUUUGGAAAUUUACGACUCAAGUGUGGAGAUAUUCAAGGACAUUCCAAAACACCUUUUGGACUUAAGGCUCAACUACGGAGAUCUGGUUGCCCUGCUGAGAAGAAAUAGAAUUAUCUUUAGGUGGGAAUUCCCUCAAGGCCUGUCCUUUAAAUAUAAAGGAAGAAAGAUAAAAAUAAGAUCAGUCAAUGACAAAGAUAGGUUUCUGAAGGAUCACGGAGAAGAUCUACAGAAAGAAGUGGAAUCCGGAGAAGAGCCAAAAGCACUGGAAAAAGGAAUACUAGAUAUAGCAAACUUAUCUUUUGGAUUGCAUGGUCUAGAGAAAGCGACACCACUGACAGAACAAGAACAGACACUUGGCGCAGUUGGAGGCAAAGCGAAGUAACCCCAUCAUGGCUCUGCAACUGUUAAGUUGGAAUUGUAAUGGUUUGAAUUCUCCUUGGAAGAGAAAAAGUGUUUUUCAUUUACUAAAAAGGAACAAUUGGACUUGAUUUGUCUACAAGAAACACAUGUAACAAGGUUACACAGGAAACUACUGAUUAAUAAGAGAUUGGGACAGGAGUUUAUCUCAUCUGACAAAGUUAAAAAAAGAGGAGUUGUGAUAUAUGCAAAGGAGAGACUAUCACCGAAAUUUAUUUUCAAAGAUGACCAAGGAAGAUUUUUGGCAAUUGAAAUUCAAGUUCAAGGAGAGAAAUUUUUGAUAGUAGGAAUUUAUGCACCGAAUGAGGGGAAAUCUGAAUUUUUUAAAAAGUUGCAUGAGACUUUAUUGGAUUAUUUGGAUUACAAUCUGAUUUUGAUGGGGAUAUGAAUGGAGUAGUAUCUACAAACAUGGAUAAGGCACAAAGACAGGUAGUUACCAAGGAUGGUAGACUACCGAAAACAUUUUUCGAGAUGACAGACAAUUUUGACUUAGUGGACACUUGGAGAACAAAGAACCCCUUGGGAAGAGAGGGAACCUUCUUUUCUGAAGCUAAGAUGACAUGGACUAGAAUUGACCAAAUAUGGGUAACUAGAGGAAUGGCACCAAAGAUAAAGAAAGUGGAAAUCUGCCCAAAAACCUGCUCCGACCAUAAUGCGGUAAGGAUGGAGUUGAAACUAACAUCAACUGGCUCCUUCAGAUGGAGGAUGAAUGACACCCUAUUUAGAGAUGAAGAAGUGUAUAAAAAGGCCCAAAAAACCUUGAGAGACUAUUUUGAAAUAAAUAUGAAUACUAAUGUAGAAAAAAGAGUAAUCUGGGACGCAAGUAAAGCUGUCAUGAGAGGGUUUCUGAUACAACAGAAUGCAAUAAAGAAGAGAAGUCAAAAUGAGAAGAAAGAUAAAAUUUUGGGGAAAAUAAAAGAAAGUGAAAAGAAAUUGAGAGCAAAACCAAAGUCGCAGGAGAUUUUGAGAGAAAUAAAGUUAUAUCAAGUACAAUAUAUGGAAAUGAUGAAUCAGGAAAUAGAAUGGAAAAUUAAACAAAUGAGACAAAAAACAUUUGAAUCAGCUAACAAAUGUGGGAAAUUGCUGGCCUGGCAAAUGAAAAAAAGACAAAAAUUAAAUACUAUUACAAAUUUAGAAGUGGAAGGAAAGAAUAUACAUAACCCAACUGAGAUUAGAAACUGUUUCCAGAGGUAUUUUAAACAACUAUAUACACAAGGGCCACAGAAAGAAAUGGAUAUAGACCAAUUUCUGAAGACAAAUGGAUUACAAAAAAUAUCCCAAGAAAGUAAAUUAAUGUUGAACUAUAAAAUAUCUGAACAGGAAGUAGAAGGUGCCAUUCAAAACAUGCAAUUAGGCAAAUCUCCAGGACCGGAUGGGCUGACUUCUAGAUAUUAUAGAUCUUUGAAAGAGUGGUUAUUACAACCUUUAAAGGAAGUCUGCAAUGAAAUAUUGGAGGGAAAAGGGCACCAGAGUCUUGGAAAGAGGCGUACAUUACACUUAUACCGAAGACAGAGACUGAAAAGACUCAGCUUAAGAACUACCGCCCCAUAUCGUUACUUAAUGUGGAUUACAAAAUUUUUGCAGACAUUUUGGCCAAGAGAUUGAAAAAAGUAUUGAUGGAAGAGAUUCAUAAAGACCAAGCGGGCUUUCUCCCGGGAAGACACUUGUCCGAUAAUUUGAGGAAUAUAAUUGAUAUUUUGGAAAAACUAGAAGUGAACAUAAAUACUAAAGCAGUUUUGAUAUUUGUGGACGCGGAGAAAGCUUUUGACAAUAUCUCUUGGAGUUUUAUGAAGAAGAACCUACAGGGGAUGGGGGUAGGCCAAGGUUUUGAAAACGGUAUAAGUGCAAUUUAUUCAGAACAAAAGGCUAAACUAAUUGUAAAUAAUGUGGUGACGGAAGAAUUUAGGAUAGAAAAAGGGACAAGACAAGGUUGCCCAAUUUCCCCAUUGCUUUUAUAUCGGUCCUGGAGGUUCUGCUGAACAUGAUUAGAAGGGACCGGUUGGUUAAAGGUAUACAGGUCGGAGCCAAACAGUACAAAUUGAGAGCAUUUGCAGAUGACUUAGUAUUGACGUUACAGGAGCCAGAAUCUAGUACCAAAAGAGUUUUAGAACUGAUUCAAGAAUUUGGUCAAGUUGCAGGAUUUAAGUUGAAUAAGUUAAAGACCAAGGUUUUAGAGAAAAAUUUAACACCAAUGGAGAGAGAGGUUUCAGAAUGAGACAGGUUUAACAGUGGUUAAGAAAGUUAAAUACUUGGGGAUUAACAUGACAGCAAAAAUGGGAAUUUAUUUAAAGACAACUAUGAAAAAUGCUGGGCUGAAGUGAAAAAAGAUUUAGAAAUUUGGUCAAAUUUGAAGCUUUCACUGCUGGGCCGUAUUGCUGCAGUAAAAAUGAAUGUAUUGCCUAGAAUGUUGUUUUUGUUUCAAACACUGCAAAUUGUGGACAAAAUGGACUGUUUCAAGAGGUGGCAGAGAGAUAUUUCUAAAUUUGUCUGGCAGGGCAAGAAGCCUAGAAUAAAAUUUAAAAUAUUAACAGAUGCAAAGGAACGAGGUGGAUUUGCCCUGCCAGACUUUAAACUUUACUAUGAAUCAGCAGCUUUUUGCUGGUUGAAAGAAUGGUUGCUUCUUGAAAACACUGACAUUUUGGAUCUAGAAGGGUUCAACAAUGUAUUUGGAUGGCAUGCAUAUCUGUGGUAUGAUAAGGUCAAAGCACAUAAAGCAUUUAAAAACCACAUUGUCAGGAAAGCAUUGUUUAAUGUCUGGAUAAGAUACAAGGACUUAUUGGAAAAUAAAACUCCAAGGUGGCUGUCACCGAUGGAAGCAAAAGCUCUGAAAAAGCUCAAUAUGGAGGCCAAAUGGCCGAAAUAUUGGGAAAUUUUGGAACAAGACGGAGAUAGACUGAAAUUGCAGAGUUUUGAGAAAUUAAAAAACAAAGUGCGAGAUUGGCUUCAUUAUUAUCAGAUAAUGGAGGCAUAUAAUUUGGACAAGAAAAUUGGCUUCCAGGUGGAAAAAUCAAAAUUAGAAACAGAACUGUUAGAACCCAAAACUAAGAUUUUGUCAAAGAUGUAUAACUUGCUGUUGAAAUGGAAUACUCAGGAUGAAACGGUGAAAUCUGCUAUGAUUAAAUGGGCACAAGAUGUUGGACAUAACAUAAUGAUGGCUGACUGGGAACAGUUAUGGACCACAGGUAUGAAGUUUACGGCAUGUAAUGCCUUAAGAGAGAAUAUUAUGAAAAUGAUAUACAGGUGGUACAUGACCCCAGUCAAGCUUGCAAAAAUUUAUCAUUUGCCCGAUAAUAAAUGCUGGAAAUGUAAAGAAACUGAAGGUACAUUCUUUCACCUUUGGUGGACGUGCCCAAGGAUUAAGGCUUUCUGGGAGAUGAUAUAUAAUGAAUUGAAAAAGGUAUUUAAAUAUACCUUCUUGAAGAAACCAGAGGCCUUUCUCCUAGGCAUAGUCGGCCAAUUGGUGCCAAAGAAGGACAGAACUUUUAUGUAUGCCACAACAGCAGCAAGAAUACUCAUUGCAAAGUAUUGGAAGACACAAGAUCUACCCACUCUGGAAGAAUGGCAGAUGAAGCUGAUGGACUAUAUGGAACUGGCAGAAAUGACUGGCAGAAUCUGAGACCAGGGAGAAGAGUCGGUGGAAGAAGAUUGGAAGAAAUUCAAAGACUAUCUACAGAAAUAUUGUAAAAUUAAUGAAUGUUAGAAUGAUGUUGGAUAGAAAUUAAGUGGUUUCCAGCUGUAAUGCUUUAAGGGAAUAUGAAAAAUGGGUUGUUAAUAGGUAAAAAUCUAACGUUACUAUUUUAAGACCAAAGAUUAGGAUAAACAAAGAGGGUAAGGAUUUGCUGAACCAACAAAUUGAACUGGAAUACAAAAAAGGGAGGUAUGAGGAGGUCCGGGAAACAAGCUAAGGAAAAAUAAGUAAUGGAAAAAUUGAGUGGUUUUUUUUUAAAUCAUUUUUAUUUUAUAUUUUGUAUCUUUUCUUUUUUUUCUUUUCUUUUUUGUCAUUUUUAUAUUUACAUUUGGAAAAUUUCAAUAAAUAUCUUAUAAAAAAAACAACAAUCUGCAUUUGUUCUAGGUAAAGGUAAAGGGACCCCUGACCAUUAGGUCCAGUCAUGGCCGACUCUAGGGUUGUGGUGCUUAUCUCGCUUUAUUGGCCGAGGGAGCCGGCGUACAGCUUCCAGGUCAUGUGGCCAGCAUGACUAAGCCACUUCUGGUGAACCAGAGCAGCGCACGGAAAUGCGGUUUACCUUCCCGCUGGAGCAGUGCCUAUUUAUCUACUUGCACUUUGAUGUGCUUUUGAACUGCUAGGUUGGCAGGAGCAGGGACCGAGCAAAGGGAGCUCACCCUGUCGCAGCGAUUCGAACCACUGACCUUCUGAUCCGCAAGUCCUAGGCUCUGUGGUUUAACCCACAGUGCCACCUGCGGAAGUGGUAAAAAAGAAAGAUAAAGGACCCCUGAAUGGUUAAGUUCAGUCAAAGGCAACUUUGGGGUUGCCGCACUCAUCUCACUUUUAGGCCGAGGGAGCUGGUGUUUGUCCACAGACAGCUUUCUAGGUCAUGUGGCCAGCAUGACUGAACCACUUCUGGCACAACAGAAGAAACACUGUGACGGAAACCAGAGUGCAGUGGUACCUAUUUAUCUACUUGUACUGGCAUGCUUUCGAACUGCUAGGUUGGCAGGAGCUGGGACAGAGCAACGGGAGCUCAACCUGUCAUGGGGAUUCAAACCGCCAACCUUCCGAUCGGCAAGCCCAAGUGGCUCAGUGGCUUAGACCACAGCACCACCCGUGCCCCUUUUACAUGUAGAACAAUACAUUUACAGCAUAGGGUGCGCCAGUUCAAAGAGGAGUAAAACUAAAAUCAAGGUCCUUUGGCCCUAACCAGUAUGGACAAUGAUUAGAGAAGAUGGGAGAUGUAACCCAGCAGUAUCUAAAUAGCACUACAUUGUCCAUCUUUGCUACAGGCUAAUGGCACAGAGUGCUGGCUUAGGACUGUGGAGAUCUGGGCUCAAAUCCUGACUCAGACAUAAAACUUUCUGGCUCAUCACAGUCUCUCAGCCUAACCUACUGCACCAGGUUUCAGUGAAACAACCAUGUAUUCUGCCCUGAGCUUCUUGGAAGGAGGCAAGAGAGAAAUUCAACAAACACCAGUUUGCUGUCAUGGCUUCCUCAAACUAUCCUGUGAAUUGUUGUAUGAAGCAGGUGCUAUGAAUAUGCUGACAGAAAUAUAAUUUCGCAGUUUGCUGGGGAAAGAGAAACAACUGCAAAAGUAACUUCUGGUGUAGAUAAUUGGUAUGUCCACAGUAAACGAAGGUUUUAAAAAUAUACUAGCAUCACAAUGCAAUAUGAUCUGGGACUUUGUUUUGAUCCCAGUGGUUUCAUUUAGCUUGAAUGCAUGCAGAAUUCGAAAAUAAAGUCUCUCUCUCUUGUCAGUGGCAUUCUAAGGACUUUGACAUUUAGUCAAGGUGACCACAAGUAGCUAACUUUUUCUCCCUCUCUUCAUUUAACAAAAUCGAUAAUGCAAAUCGCAAUGUCUUAGAAAUACCAGGGCGAGGGUCAGCUUUAUAGAAAAUUCACUUUAACUUGCAUCAUUGCAUCUUAUUACAGAGAGAGGGUAGGGGGAAGUCACUGGUUUAAUUAAUGCCUAUGCUAUGUGGUGCUGAAGGGACAGCUUAUACAGGCAGCCUGCCAGUGGGGGCUUUUAUUUUGCUUCGUUAAUAAAGGGGAACAAAUGGUCUAAUUUGAAGCUUGCCUACUUGUCUUUUGUUAGGUGCCAAGCUGUCAAUGCGAACACAUGCAAGCAUGGAAAGGGAUUUUGACGCUCAGCAGCUACCUCAUGCUUCGGUGGUCAUAACUGAUAACUUGCUUGUAGUACAGAACAAGUCCAGUUAUUUUACAUAUAACAUACAUCAAAGCCCAGGGUAAGUGUGGAGUUUUAUGGGGGGAGUGUUCUUUCUUCCUUCUCCUCUUGUUCUUCUCAUUCCAGCCUGGAUAUAAGAUUCAGAAAUUAAUUCAGGAAAGCAACAACGCAAGGAAGCGGAGCAGGUAAAAGCCCACCUGAGUCUUUGGGAUGGGUGAUGCAUUUAGAUAUGCAUAAACACAUGCCUGCAGGGCAAAUGUAGCCCCUCUGAGAUCAACCCCUGCAAAACUCUGAGCUGAUGCCUCCCCAAGGAGAAAAGGAAAGCAGUGGGGAUUUUCAGGAAGAGGUAUCAGUGGACAGGAAGGCAUAGAGGAUGAACAGUUUAUUGGCCCAAGAACAGACACCAACAAUGGGAAACAUUUUAAUAAAGAUUCAGAGGAGCCUCUAAGACCUUCUGCCAUAACUGAAACAGCAGGCCUAAGAAACUGCCCAGGUCAGGUAGCCCUCAAACUACCAGGUCCUUAUCACUAAAAGAGUAUCAGCCAAUUACAAGCUCUGCCAUUAUAGGGGAGAGAAGGAGAGGACGAUAGGGAGUCUCACCAAUGCAUCACCUCUUCCCCAUGUUCCUGCCAUUUCAACAGUUUUAGAAGCAUGAGACCUUUAGUGUUCUGGGACAGCCCUUGUGACUCACAGAAUUGAAAGGAAAUUCUAAACUGCCAUGUGAGUCUGUCAGAAAAACAGAAUCCUCUUUCAUGAGAGAAAUUGGAGGCUAGGUUUUGGGCCCAGCGCAACGCCCAAGAUCACCAUUGCCAUAGAAUCAGUGAGAAGGAGGGGGAAAUGCCUUGAUGCAAUGAAAUCCAUACUGGGCUUAGUGGGGGGUGAUUGGUUGUAUUAUUAUUAUUAUUAUUAUUAUUAUUAUUAUUAUUUGUAUACCACCAUAUACCCACAAGUCUCAGGGCAGUUAAAACAUAAAAUCACAAUAUAAAAACACAAAAUGCAUAAUAUUAAAUUAAUAAAAUGGAAAACAAAAACAACCAAGUAAACUGCCCCCCUCUCCAACACAUUUUAAAAUGGCACUAGGUGUCAAUCAGCCAAAGACCUGGUUAAAGAGGAACACCUUUGCCAGGUGCCUAAUGUCAGGAGCUUGUCCUACACUCGAGUAGGACCCUGGUAAAGACACAUACACGACUGGCAUGUUCUCUCCCUCCUGGUCAGUUGUUCAGGAGCUUCAAAAGCUUUCUUCUGCCUGAACAUCACAGUGAUCGAUGCCAACAGACACCGGCACACUUAGGAAUCCGCAGAGUCUGCACAGUUUGCGUGACAGACCUCAGCAACUCAGCAUUUUGGCUAAUCUACUUUAUUUACAUAUAAACACACAUGGAGCACUGCAACGUGGCUCCCUCUCUCUCUAGCAUCAGACAGCAAAGAGAAAAAGGACAAUGGACAAUAGUCCCACUUCACGGAACACAGUAACACAAACAUCCUGUCUCCGUCACUUCCCACUCUGUAGAGUCAAAACAUAUACCGUCCUGUGCUAGACAAAAAUUCCCACGACUGCAGUCAUGGAGCAGGAAUUCUAACACCUAAACGUGUAUAAUGAAGGCUUCAGCUGAACCUCCCUAAAAGGAGCUGGUAGCAACCUGACUUCCUGAAUUAUGAUCAGAAGUGCUUCCUUAGCCAAACCCACAGGCUCCACACUUUAAGCCAUUAGGUUAUAUAACUAAACUAAAUGAUAGCAUUCAUUUUCAUGUCCCCUUCAUACUGGGGGAAUCUCACCCCCCCUUCCCCAUUUUUCAGAUGAUAUAUAUCCAUAGGGAAGUGUGUUAUAUGGAUUUUGUGUUAAGUCGUUUUCUAUUCCGCCAUCAAUCCUCAAAAUUAAAGUCACACUGACUUUGCCUCAACUGUGUAUUCCCUGAUGUUCCCUUCAUCUGAUGCAUUUUAAAAGAAUAAAGUCUUGUUCAUUUUGUGUGAGAGAGGGAGAGGUGGAACAAAAAGGAAAACAACUUCAUGUGAACAGUGUUGUUCUACUUGACCUUCAGUUUCCAAUAAUAGUUCGUAAUACAAAGUAUUUCCUCAGAACAGCUGUUGUGGAUAUGCUUCUGUGCCUCCCCGGGUUUAAUGGCUUUUUAAUAGGUAGAAUUGUUUGAAGCAUUCUGCCGUUGAAAAAUAUUUCUCACUUCUUAAAUAAAGGAGAGUGUCUUAUUGACUUUUAAAGAAUUACACUAUUUUUAUGCAUUGGAGCUGUUCUCACCUAAUUCCUUUCCCACUUCUUCAGCUAAGUAGAUUUACAGGCAGCAAUCCUAUGCAGACUUCCUUGGAGUAAGCCUGAUUCCAUUUUUACCUCAUUGGGAUCAGGCUGUUAGGGCACAUUCACACAGAACGUGUUGAUUAAUGGAUGGCAGGAAAAUCAAGUGUGGGAAUUUGCAUGUGUGAAUGAGAAACAUCACUUUGAAUCCGUUCAAAAGCUCUGUACUUGUCAGAUUAUUGGUGGUGCAACAAGCAUUGAGGGCCCUCCUCAACCGUUAUACUACUGAGGAAAUUUUUGUGACCGGCUUUUGGACUUCCUCAAUGUUCUAGAACAGCUGUGUCUGUAUUCUUUAUUAUUCUUUAUUAAACUUAUUAGUUGCUUGUCACCUGAAGGUCUCCUAGUGACUUACGGCAAUAUACUGUGGUACCUCGGGUUAAGAACUUAAUUCGUUCUGGAGGUCUGUUCUUAACCUGAAGCACCACUUUAGCUAAUGGGGCCUCCUGCUGCUGCCGCGCUGCCGGAGCAUGAUUUCUGUUCUCAUCCUGAACCAAAAUUCUUAACCUGAGGUACAAUUUCUGGGUUAGCGGAGUCUGUAACCUGAAGCGUAUGUAACCUGAAGCGUAUGUAACCCGAGGUACCACUGUACAGUAAAACCCUGUUAUAUUAAUAAUGCUUAGGCUUUCCUUCCAUGUAAAUUAUUUCUCAAAGAGCUAACAAAUAAAAAAUUAGUGAGACUUAACACCAUGUUGCUGUCUGUAACCUGAAGCAUAUGUAACCCGAGGUACCACUGUACAGUACAUAAUAGGUAAAGGUAAAGGACCCCUGGAUGGUUAAGUCCAGUCAAAGGCGACUAUGGGGUUGUGGUGCUCAUCUCGCUUUCAAGCCAAGGGAGCCGGCGUUUGUCCACAGACAGCUUUCCAGGUCAUGUGGCCAGCAGGACUAAACCACUUCUGGUGCAACAGAACACCAUGACAGAAACCAGAGUGCACAGAAACACUGUUUACCUUCCUGCUGCAGCGGUUCCUAUUUAUCUACUUCCGCUGGCAUGCUUUCGAACUUCUAGGUUGGCAGGAGCUGGGACAGAGCAACGGGAGCUCACUCCGUCACGGGGAUUCAAACUGCCGACCUUCUGAUUAGCAAGCGCAAGAGGCUCAGUGGUUUAGACCACAGCACCACCCAUGAUAUGUACCUUUAGUACAUAAUACCAUAGGGGGGAAAGAAGGGAAACCAUAUAAUACAUUAAUAUUUCAUAUAAGCUAACAUCCUGGGGGGGACACACAUACUAGCCAUAUAAAUGCUAGUGAGCAACAUUAACAAAAACUCAACCCCCCCAUGAAAUAAAUCACUCACAUUUUCCCCCCAUUUAACCUGCCCAUCCCAUCCAGAAGUCUGGUGUCAAGGCCAGCUCUUACAAAUCAGUGGAAGGUGGAUUGGCAAAGAUUGACUCAAUCCCUCUUCCGCUCCCUUGGAUCAAAAAGCCUUCUGUCCGCAGAGGGGCACCAACUGUGUGCUCUGUUUGCAACACAGUUCCAAUGCUUAUUUUAAGUUAUUUUCUUUUAUAUCCCUGGAGUCCAAGACUCAGGAACCACUGCUCAAGUCUUUGCUAGGGAUAGGAAAGGAAGAAGCAUUCAUUGUCUGCAUUUUUUGCAGCCGACCGAUCCAAUUUGACAAUUCCAAACUUGCUUGCAGAUUGGAACUCAGCGCCUGAUCAGAUUUCACACAUCUCUGGAAUUUGCAAAGUAGUGUGCAACAAGUGUGCACAAAAAUGUGCAUUUUAUGGUUAAUAUGUGUAUCUUCUGGAGAAAUGCACUGCAAAGCACUGAAAAAAUAGGAUUUGUCUCAAUAAUUUUAUGCAUUAUUACUGCUUGUGUAUUUUUAGAAACUGCCCUGGGAGCACAAUGGCAUGA